AUGGGUUGUGGUGGCUGUGGUAGCUGUGGCAGCUGUGGCUGUGGAGGUUGUGGCGGCUGUGGCGGCUGCAACAGCUGCAACAGCUGCACCACCUGCAGGUGCUACCGGGUUGGCUGCUGCGGUGGCUGCUGCGGUGGCUGCUGUGGUUGUGGUGGCUGUGGCUGUGGCUGUGGUGGCUGUGGCUGUGGUGGUUGUGGCUGCGGCUGUGGUCGCUGCUGUGGCUGCUGCGGCUGCUGCACCCCCGUGGUCUGCUGCUGCCGCCGCACCUGCUGCCGCUCCUGUGGCUGUGGCGGCUGUGGCUGUGGCUGUGGCUGUGGGAAGGGCUGUUGUUGCCAGCAGAAGUGUUGCUGCCAGCAGAAGUGUGGCUGCAAGAAGCAGUGCUGCUGCUAG